CGUUACCGCCACCAACUGAACUGGAGUAUGGAACAGCAAUGCGGAAGGACUAACGUUACUCUUACUAUAUUAGAUUAAAAUAUCUUCCUUGAUUUCUUAAUGUAAUAUGUCAACCAAGGUCUUUUAUUUUAAACGUUUUGUGCGCAUGCGUAGAGGUAGUUUCUUUUACUCGAAGAAGAGUAAAAUAGUGUCAGCAGCUUCUUGUAUGGUAAGCGUACCAAAUGAUCACUUGAUUGCAGUCAGGGGUCAUCCAGCUGUACUGGGCUGUCAUUUCACGCCGUACCCCGACCUUUCCAGCCUAGUUAUUGUGUGGCAACGGCAGGAGGACUCGCGGGUCGUGCACAGCUUCUAUUAUGAACAGAACCAGCUAGGCCAUCAAAGUCCAGAAUACCACAAACGGACCUCGCUUUAUAUUUCAGAGCUUGGCAAAGGGAAUGCCUCUCUGAGGAUAGAUGGAGUUGGACUGAAGGAUGUGGGUUGGUACCUGUGUAAAGUGAGCAACAUCAAAGAAGUGGGAAAUGCAAAAAUAAAACUUGACUAUGGAGCCUUUUACUCCGAGCCCAGGUUGAGCAUCCAUGCAAACUCUACCACAGUGAUGGUGCAGUUUGAGACGGAGGGAUUCCCCAAGCCUGAGGUGAUCUGGUUGGAUGAACACGGCCAGAGCCUUAUCCAUCAUCUGGAACUCCAUGAUCAGACAGAAGAUGGGCUUUAUUUAGUUAAGAGCAGCUAUGAGGCCCAGAAGCCAGUGGUUAAUGUCACAUUUACACUGAAGAACCACCUCCUGAACCAGAAGCUUCAGAGACCUGUGAUCUUCAGCUAUGGUAAAAACCCUCUUUCACUCUGGGAUACCAAAAGCAAACAAUUCACGGUGUGCAGUAGUACUACGGAAAAACCAUUUUGUAGUACAAAAAAAGGUUGGGUUCGGUGAUACAAAAUAUCAUUAACCUGAUUAAAAUAAAAAAAAGGAAGUCUAUGAGAUGUCCUCACUAAUAUCCAUCCAUCUUUACAACACAGAAGAAAGCUAUUUUCUGUGAAGGUGCAAGACUUUCGAUUCAUUUGCUGCUAUAGGUAAACAACUAAAAGAACAACAAAAUGCAGAAAGCUAUUUGUGAUACAAACCAGUGUUAAUUAUGACAAUACACUAAAAUAAUAUGGUAAGACAUACCAGUUUGCAAUAUCAAGCAACAUAAUGAGCUUUUAUGUACAGCUAAAAUAACUGGAAAUGGAUGAGACUGGAAGCCAGACACAUUCAAUUUACAAAUGGCUGCACCCACUCUUGCAUUAAAAAUAAUGUGGAUAGCGUAACAAACGUUUUUGUGUCUGAAUGUACCUGUAGAUUUACUGUAAAUCAAAAAACCGAAUGAAUAUAAAAUGAAUGUAGGGUUGAUCCAUACUGUAUCUAACAGAUGUGUCCGUUUUAGUUCCAGGAGAAGCUGGAGGUGCAGUCACUGUCCCAGUCAUAGUUCUCUCAGUUGUAUGCAUCAUUUUAAGUGGAUUUAUUACUGUUUACAUGCUGAAAGAGGUAAGGAGCAAAUCCACAUUAGCUUUAUAUGGUAAAUGCCAGAAGCAUUUGAAAGAAUCCCUCCAAACCAGUGGUACUGCACCAUAGCCAUUUCAACAAGUUAACAAUGUUAUACUCCCUAAAUGUGCAAAGAGAGCCUCAGCCAAAUCAAAUAAACAAAAAGCUAACUUAUAAAAAGCAAUAUUGGGGUCUUUGAGCUGUAACAGGGCAUGGGUUGAGUAUCAAGGUGGCUAUAAACCUUUCAACGGUAUGCUUCCAUCAUUAAUAACCUGCUAUUAUCCCUUUGCCACUGAUUGUUGAUUUAUUUUCUCUGAAUAACCUUAAUUGUUUAUAUAUUUUUAAUUACUACUUUUGCACUUUUCACAUGUUAUCAUACAAAUUACAGUGGUUUCAACAUUGUUGUUUCUUUAUUCUUUUUACCUCAGCAGCUGCUAAAUGUAAUUGUCCUUUUAGGUGUACUUUGCAUUCAAAUCAAAUCCAUUUUUUUAAACAUAUAGCUCUAUAGAAUAGAGCAGUAUAAUAGUAAUUACCACCAAUGAGAGGUUAUUUCAUUUUAUUUAUUUGUUUAUAAUUUAUGUAUAAUGUGCUCUGUGACCCUAAUAAAGUGAACUUAAACAGAA